AUGAAUCCAAUAAAUCCAAACACUUUAUUUGGUGGUAGAUGGUAUGAAAUAGUUGACAGUUUUCCAUUCUACACUAAUACGCAGUCAAUGAAGAUGGGAGGUUCAAAGAAAAUAGGUAUUGAAAACCUUCCUUCACAUAUGCAUAGGUUCAGUGGAAGAACAUCUGUGGAAGGAAACCAUUCACAUUCAAUAACAAAAAGAGGUUAUACAAAUCUUGCAGCGGGUUCGGAUAGACAGGGAAUGCAUAGAUAUGAUAUUUCAACUGACCCAGUAGAUUCAAGCACAGGUAUUUUCUGUGGAACUGCAGGAAAUCAUACACAUGUUGUAGCUGGUAUUACAGACCCAGCAGGUAAUGGAAAAGAUUAUAUGCCUCCUUAUAUAACAAUGCACGCUUGGAUACGAGUUGGUUAA